AUGUACAUGGAAUUCACAAGCCGUUUAACAUCUAGUGUCGAUAUACCGAAAAAUCCGGCCAUGCGGUGGACUGAAUGGCCUGUUGUAAGACGGUCAUCAUUUCUAACGCAUACACUUUAUAUCAAAAGUUGGCCAGUACUCAAAUCACGUACGCGAGCUCUUAAAGUGCUAUUUCUAACCUCAGGUCGGAAGAUUUUACCUUAUUUUUUAAUUUCUGAUAUAAUGAGUAGCUAUUAA